CUCUUUUUUUGACCCUUCAAAGGCCCAAGGGGAGCGACGCCCUUACUCUGAUGCUCUUCGACACGCCUUCUCCUGCUCGAUUCGGGCAUCAAUAAAAGAGCGAUACUUUCCAAGAACCGGCAUAGUCAAACCGUCUCCGCGAGCCCGAUGUGUUUCAAUAUGCGGAGACCAGCAAACCACGCGACACCGACGCGCGCAGUGACGAUGCGGCGGCGACUUACGUUGAACUCUGAGCUUGGAACCAAUUCGAUUAAAGCACUUAAACGGGCAAUUGCUCUAGCUUCAUUCAUCACACCAACAGCUGUACAUUUUCAAGAUGGAGAAAAGGAGAUAUAUCUGAGUGCUGCUAUCCAACGGCAUCUACGAAGACUUUACGACUCCCUGCGCCGAGGACAAACCUUCUUAUCACGGCAAGCUUUCACGGACUUCCUCGAAAUUGUCCAGGGCAAUGAAGCACCAGUCCUAACGGAAGAGAGAUAUAGAUUUGAGAAGUUCCUUGAAGUAUGGUGGCUCCAAUUCGGUCUUGAAGCGGAAAAACCUGUCCCUUUCGAAAAAAAGGACCUCUCCAAACCUAUCAGUAAUUAUUUCAUUAGCAGCAGCCACAACACGUAUUUAUCUGGCAAUCAAUUGUCCGGACGAAGCACGGCGGACGCUUACAGGCGCGUUCUUAGGAGGGGAUGCAGGUGUGUGGAGAUAGAUGUGUGGAAUAGUGAUUCGCAAAGCUCUACACCGGAGAAUCCAAGAGAAGCAUCGACGAAACCGACUUCGAGAUUUGAGCACGUUCGUCACCUUUCUGGGGGGAGUCUUCAUACUGCUGCCGCUCAUCUCAAGGAUGCUGUGGAGGAGACGGUCGAGAAAGCCCGACAAAGACUAGGCGUUGAGAAAGUUCACAGCCAUAGCCCAAGAUGCAGCAAAUCCGAAUUAACGCCACCGGCCUUUGGCCGGGAGAUUGGCGCUUCCCUCGAUCCGGCCUCCCUUGCCAACGAACUUGACGCUGAGCGCUUAUCUCUAAGAUCUAGACCGUCAUUGCCGCCGGACGAGCCGAUCGUGAUGCACGGUUAUACUCUUACAACGCCUAUCGGAUUUCGUGAAGUUUGUAAAGCUAUCCGCGAAGUAGCCUUCGAAACGACCAAUCUGCCUAUCAUUAUUAGUCUGGAAGUCCAUGCCGAUCAAGAACAGCAGGGAGCCAUGGUCCAAAUUAUGAAGGAAGAGUGGGCUGGCUUACUGGUCGACAAGCCCCACGAGAAUUGCCCAAAUGGCCGAAUGCCAAGAUUGGAGGAGUUGCUUAACAAAAUCCUCAUUAAGGUCAAGAGAGCUUCGCCGAGCUUAGACGGGACUAUGUCGACGUUAUCGCCCCAUAACACAAUCGACGAUGACGCAUCUGCAUCGGAGGACGAUAGAUCUAGCAUUCACAAUGGCGCCAAGAAGCCCAAGGUUCCCAUAUGCGAGGCCCUUAGCUCUCUUGCUAUCUACACCCAUAGCGAGCAUUUCACGAACUUUGAAGCGCCAGCUGCUAAAAUUCCCUCGCACAUCUUCUCCAUAAACGAAAAUAAAAUCUUUGAACUAAUCGCUUCUAAACAUUUUGAGCUGUUUUCUCACAAUCGACAUUUUUUUAUGCGCGCGUACCCCAAAGGCCUGCGGUGGGACUCGUCGAAUCUCGACCCUUCUCAUUUUUGGCGCAAAGGUGUACAAAUGGUAGCCAUGAAUUGGCAGUCCUGGGAUGAAGGGAUGAUGCUCAACGAGGCAAUGUUUUCGGGCGAGCAUGGUUGGGUACUAAAGCCGCCAGGAUACCUUAGCGAAGACGCGGCCGUCCCCCCAGAAGAGGCCGGCCCUCAAAGUACUCUUGAUUUAGCCAUCACAGUACUUGCAGGUCAACAUAUCCCGCUACCUGAGGGCGCUCAUAGCACCUACUCGAGAUCCCUGAGACCUGUCGUAAGGUGCGAGUUACACGUCGAAAAGGCAGAAGAGCGGUUCGGGUCCUUCAUCGACGGGAAUGGUAGGGUCCGCGAAUGCGAGUACAAGCAGAAGACAGGGGUCGGGAAGACGGAUCACCCAGACUUCGGCUACGUCAAAAAUGAGCUUCACUUUCUUGGUGUCAAGAGGGUCAUAGAACAGCUCAGCUUCGUCAGGUAAGAGCUUACUUACAGCCGUGUUUUCUUUCCGUAUUUUCAUUUCAAAAUUUCCUCCGAUACGUCUUCCCGCCGGGCAGCCACAUAUCUGGACCCGGACGGUCGGGCCUUCACUAUGGUAUACACACCCAAUAGUUCACGUGUUCCGAGCCGGGGAGCAGCCGGCGGCUGAGUUUGCAUGCGCAGCGAACCGUCGAGCGACGAAAAGGAGAAUAUGAUAUAUCACAACAGGCCAUAAUCCCUCCUGGCUGUCCGCGGGAACGGGGCGAGUCCUGGGGCAGUUAUUCUCCCAAUCUGGUCUUUUCCUACUACUCAGAUCUGCCGACCAAGUUCCAUGGCGUUUCGUUUACCAGCUGUGUAACACGGGUCUUUUCCCUAGUUUGUGAUAUCAUGGAGUGUUCCUGAAGAUCCCGAUUUGUUCAUGGACCCUAGCUUACGAAUACUUCUCUAUCUAGGUUUAAGGUCGAAGAUGACGCACCACGAUUCGUGUCACUCAACCGCGAUCCUCUGCUUGGCUGGGCAUGCAUCCGUCUCGACCG